CUAAAAUUUAUAUAGGUUAGAUUUGUGAAAUUGUGAAAAUUAUAAUCUGCAGUAAACUGACUUGGAAGUUUUAUAAAAUAAUAUUUUUCUUUCAGAGAAACAUUCUAUUUUCUAUUGUAUUAUAUUAGUAACUUUAGUUCAAUGGCUGACGAAGAUCCUGUUAAUGGAAAUUCUGAUGAAAAUUCCGAAAAAUCUCAACAAAAGAAACAAGCUAAAUAUGAUAGUGGAGCUGCAGAUCUGGAAAAAGUAACAGACUAUGUGGAAGAAAAAGAAAUAUCGACACAGGACGUAGCUAAUGCGAUAUCAGCUAUCGGAGAUAGAAGAAAUCAAGCAGCUUUAGAGAAACAAGCGAGGGAGAAGGAACUUCUAAAAAUCUCCAUUAAAAAAGAGGACGUUGAUCUUAUAGUUGGAGAAAUGGCAAUUUCUAGAAUCAAAGCUGAAAGAACCCUCAGAGAGAAUCAUGGGAAUGUGGUUAAUGCUUUAAUUGCACUAUUAAAUUAAGACAUUGCAUACUACUCAAAAUUAUUGUUUUUCUUGUUUUCUUCACUUUCCUUAAAAUGCAUAUUUAAAAAUCAUACUAUUAUUCUAUCUAUUAGAAUGUAUUCUAUCUAUGAAAGAUAUUUUGUAUAGAAAGGUUUAACAAGUGAAACCGUAAUAGUUUAUUUGUCUUACAAAUUAUGGAUCUAAGAUAUACAAAAUGUGUUAAAUCGAUUUUGUGUCAAGACAAGUUAUAAAUAUUCUCUGUC